GAAGAGCCAGCCGGGAGUAGUAGCCCGGAAAAUGCCCUCAGUAAAGAUGACAGCAAUCACUGUUGUUUAAGCCCUAGUGAAGCCGAUGCAUAGAACCCGGAUGUUGCCAGUUCGCUAUAGACGAUCCUGCCAGUUUCCAAGAAGGCCGAUGUUCGUUGUAUCAAUAGGAGAGAAGCCCUUAAGGAGGCGCGCGGGAGUCACUUCCGCCCGGUUCUCCUUCUCGCAGGCUGCAGCCCGAGUAAGAUGGCGGCGCUGAGGGCGGUGUGCAGCCUUCGGGGCGCCGCGGUCCAGGCGCUGCGUCCUGGAACUGGCGUCCGACUACAGAUUCAGCCCAGCAGAGGUGCUCGGCAGUGGCAGCCAGAUGUGGAGUGGGCAGAGCAGUUUGGGGGUGCUGUUAUGUACCCCACCAAGGAAACAGCCCACUGGAAGCCUCCACCUUGGAAUGAUGUGGACCCUCCCAAGGAUACAAUGGUGUCGAACCUGACCCUGAACUUCGGGCCCCAGCACCCAGCAGCCCAUGGAGUCUUGCGACUGGUGAUGGAGUUGAGCGGGGAGAUGGUGCGGAAGUGUGACCCUCAUGUUGGGCUCCUGCACCGGGGCACUGAGAAACUCAUUGAGUACAAGACCUAUCUGCAGGCCCUUCCAUACUUUGACCGACUGGACUAUGUGUCCAUGAUGUGUAAUGAGCAGGCCUAUUCUCUGGCAGUGGAGAAGUUGCUAAACAUCCAGCCUCCUCCCCGGGCGCAGUGGAUCCGAGUGCUCUUUGGAGAAAUCACGCGGCUUCUGAACCACAUCAUGGCCGUGACUACACAUGCCCUGGAUAUUGGGGCCAUGACUCCUUUCUUCUGGAUGUUUGAAGAAAGGGAAAAGAUGUUUGAGUUCUAUGAACGAGUGUCCGGAGCACGAAUGCAUGCUGCUUACGUCCGGCCAGGUGGAGUGCAUCAGGACCUCCCCCUCGGGUUGAUGGAUGACAUUUAUGAAUUUUCCAAGAACUUCUCUCUUCGGAUUGAUGAGGUGGAAGAGAUGCUGACCAACAAUAGGAUCUGGCGGAAUCGGACGAUCGACAUCGGGGUUGUGUCAGCAGAAGACGCCCUUAACUAUGGUUUCAGUGGCGUGAUGCUGCGGGGUUCAGGUAUCCAGUGGGACCUGCGGAAGACGCAGCCCUAUGAUGCGUAUGACCAGGUCGAGUUUGAUGUUCCUAUUGGGUCUCGAGGAGACUGCUAUGAUAGGUACCUGUGUCGAGUGGAGGAGAUGCGCCAGUCCCUUCGAAUCAUCUUACAGUGUCUGAACAAGAUGCCUCCUGGGGAGAUCAAGGUGGAUGAUGCCAAAGUGUCUCCACCGAAACGAGCAGAGAUGAAGUCUUCCAUGGAGUCCCUGAUUCAUCACUUUAAGUUAUACACUGAGGGCUACCAAGUUCCACCAGGAGCCACGUACACCGCCAUUGAGGCUCCUAAGGGCGAGUUCGGGGUUUACCUGGUGUCUGAUGGCAGCAGCCGUCCUUACCGGUGCAAGAUCAAGGCUCCUGGUUUUGCCCAUCUGGCUGGUUUGGACAAGAUGUCCAAAGGACACAUGCUGGCAGACGUCGUUGCCAUCAUAGGUACCCAGGAUAUUGUGUUUGGAGAAGUAGACCGGUGAGCGGGGGACAUUUGCUCUCCCUUGAUGAUCAGCAUCCGCUCUGGAGCCUGUUGUUCACCGGAAGUGGGGCUGUGUGUGUUUAUCUGUGUCUAUACAGGUGCAUGUACACUCAGCUGUUGGGCUUUUUGUGCAUGUACCAGCAAAGAAAAAAAUAUAAUAAUAAAUUAACCGCCUUGCGGCCCCUAUG